AGCUGUAUAUUCACGAGCGAAACAUAUCUACAUAGAUGACGUUUUCAGUGCUGUUGACGUACAUACUGCUUGGCAAUUGAUGAAUAAAUGUCUAUUAGGUCCUAUUAUGAUGGGACGUACUCGAAUUCUUGUAACGAAUCAUAUCAGUCUAUGUUUGGCUGGUGCCACUUAUUUGGUUGCCGUCGAUAAUGGAAAAAUUGUUACAUCUGGUGUGAUUUCAGAAUUACGUAAUUCAGGAAAAUUGGCUUCGAUCUCUGAUAAGAAUGUCACUGAACAGUUAAUCUCGUCUUCAGCCAAUUUUGAUCACAGUACCGAUUCAUCAACUAUUUAUGAUGUAACUCUUGUCGAGAAUAUCACUCAGGUGGAUGAUUCACAACAAACAAAAAAAGUCUCCAAACCAAGAGUUCUAAUCAAAGAAGAAGCACGACCAACUGGCGUGGUUAAGUUUAAGAUUUACAGGUCAUAUUUUCGCGCAAAUGGAAAUAUACUUUAUUGGUUUAUUGCUUCAGUAAUAUUUAUUGGAGCUAGAGGAAUACAGAUAAUGGAAAAUUGGUGGCUUCAAGUUUGGUCAAAUGCCAGCAACAAUAACGCGACAGUUCCAUCAAUUUUCAAUUUAGUUCAACAAGAUAAUUCAGUCAUAAUUCAUAAGUCAUAUAGCGUUGACUAUUAUUUAAAUAUAUACGUAUUAAUUGCAUCCUUAUCUAUUAUUCUCUGUGUUUCGCGUUUUGUUUGGCUUUUUUAUGGAUCUUUGAGAGCGUCUAAUAAACUUUAUCAAAUACUACUUCAUCAAGUUAUUCGCGCUCCGUUAAGAUUUUUUGAUACGACACCAGUUGGGAGAAUUCUUAAUAGAUUCAGUAAGGAUUUUGAAACAGUUGAUAGCACUUUAGCAGGCGAACUUGCAUGGUUUUUGAUCAAUGUAAAUAAAUUUCGUUUGUCUUACUUUGUGAAUAGUACAUAUAACUCUGAUUAUAACGGCACUGUCCAAAAUUUUAAUGCAUUUGUACUCAUGACAUUAAGCACUAUGGCUGUUAUUACGGUCAUUACAAAAGAGUUUCUCGUUGCGGCAAUCUUCUUUGGUAUUAUUUAUACAAUUGUUGGUACACUAUACGCAAAGGCUUCACGAGAGCUCAAGAGGAUGGGUUCUGUGUCAAGAUCCCCGUUAUAUUCUCACUUCACCGAAACUUUAAUUGGCAUAACAACAAUUAGAGCUUUCGGUGAAUCGAAGCGAUUUAUGCAAGAUAUGCUAUUAAAAAUAGAUAACAACAGUCGCCCAUUCUUUUAUAUGCGGCUAAUAAAUCGCUGGCUUUCAUUUCGUUUCAAUAUCACUAGUUCAUUUGCUUCAUUUUUAGCUGGAUUUUUCAUUCUAUGGAAUAUUGACCAGAUUGAUGCUGGUUUAGCUGGCUUGUCCUUAUCAUUUGCAAUGCAUUUCACAAAGCAAAUAAUGUGGACUGUUAGAAAAUAUACUUCACUUGAAAUGAGCUUGAAUGCAGUUGAAAGAAUAAGCGAAUUUUCUGAAAUUCCUCAAGAAGCUCCAGCUAUAAUUGAACCGAGACCACCUGCUUGCUGGCCACAUAAUGGCGCAAUCGCAGUACAAGACUUGGAAGUUAAAUAUGCACCUGAUUUAGAGCCAGUACUACAUCGCAUUUCAUUCAACGUGGAAAGUCAAGAAAAAAUAGGACUUGUUGGACGCACUGGAUCUGGAAAGUCAACAAUAGCAUUGGCAUUGUUUCGAUUCGUGGAACCAUCAUUUGGAAGAGUUUUAAUUGAUGAAAUUGAUAUUUCAUCGAUCGGUGUCGAAGAUCUUCGGUCUAGAAUAACUAUAAUUCCACAGGAUCCUAUACUAUUUACAGGUACUAUACGGUCAAACUUGGAUGCAUUUUCUCAAUAUGAGGAUAGUGAAAUAUUGGAAUCUCUGCGACGUGUUCAUUUAAUUCCUUCUUCAGAGGAUGUAGAAACUAUCUCUUUUCCAGAGAAUUAUAACAAUUUAUUUAAGAAUUUAAAUACACCUGUAAGUGAAGGAGGAAAAAAUCUUAGUCAGGGUCAGAGGCAAUUAUUAUGUCUGGCUCGUGCUUUAUUAAGAAGUUCAAAAAUUAUAUUGAUGGAUGAAGCCACAGCGAGCAUUGAUUUUGCUAUGGAUGAAAAGAUUCAAAAAAUGAUAAGGACUGAAUUUGCUGACUGUACUGUACUAUGUAUUGCACAUCGGCUACAUACUGUUAUUGAUUAUGAUAAGAUAUUAGUUAUUGAUCGAGGAAAUGUAGUAGAAUUUGACAGCCCAUACAAUCUAAUUACCGACAACAGUUCCUUAUUUUACCGAAUGUGUCAAAAUUCUGGUGAAUUUGAUUUGUUAAUGUCGCUUGCUUCAAAGCAGGGCAGAAAGAUCUAA